CCGUGAGGAGAAGCUGAGGGGGCAUAGCCGGAGCUGGGGCCAGUGCGAGGCAGCCUGCUAGGGGGCGCGCUGGGGUAAAGAAGGUUGGUGUCGGGAAGGGAAGAAAUCUGACGGUUUGGCAAUAGCUGGGAACUCAGCAUGCAUGGGGAGAGGAUCUCAUCUUUGCCCACAAAUCCUCCUGCACUACAUGUUCAGUAAAAGGGGGCGUCAGCCAUGGAGGACAAGCGCAAUAUCCAGAUCAUCGAGUGGGAGCACCUGGACAAGAAGAAAUUCUACGUCUUUGGCGUCUGCAUGACCAUGAUGAUCCGGGUCAGCGUGUACCCCUUCACGCUUAUCCGGACGCGACUGCAGGUCCAGAAGGGGAAGAGCCUCUACAACGGGACCUUUGACGCUUUUGUCAAGAUCCUGCGGGCAGAAGGGACGGCUGGACUCUACCGGGGCUUCUUGGUCAACACCUUCACCCUGAUCUCGGGCCAGUGCUACGUGACGACGUACGAGCUCACUCGCAAGUACUUCUCUCAGUACACCAACAGCAACACAGUCAAGUCUCUGUUGGCUGGUGGCUCAGCCUCUCUCGUGGCCCAGAGCAUCACGGUGCCCAUCGAUGUGAUCUCCCAGCAUUUGAUGAUGCAACGGAAAGGCGAGACCAUGGGCCGGUUCAGAGUGCAGACCCUUGGGGGGAAACGGUUCCCGGUCUUCGGACAAACACGGGACAUCAUCGCACAGAUCUUCAAGGCCGACGGGCUGAGGGGGUUCUACAGGGGCUAUGUGGCCUCCCUACUCACUUACAUUCCCAACAGCGCCGUCUGGUGGCCCUUCUACCAUUUCUAUGCAGCUUUCCAGCCUGACACCCAAGGACUGUCCACACUUGCUCCUCCAAGCCAUAUCCGGGCCAAUGGCCGCUGCGACAGCUUCCACCCUCACCAACCCCAUGGAUGUUAUCCGGGCUCGCGUGCAGGUGGAAGGCAAAAGCUCCAUUAUUCUCACUUUCAAGCAGCUGGUAGCAGAGGAAGGGCCCUGGGGCCUGAUGAAAGGCCUCUCCGCCCGCAUCAUCUCAGCCACCCCUUCCACCAUUGUCAUCGUGGUGGGCUACGAGACUCUGAAGAAACUGAGCCUCCGUCCAGAGUUGGUGGACUCAAGGCACUGGUAGCAAAACUGGGGAAGGGGGAGUCGGACUUCGUUGUAAUCUCUUGGACCAUUGGCAUGGUUGAAAAGCCACCAAAAAGUGAGCCCGGAGAGCUUUCUAACAAGCAUUUGUUAGUGAAGGAUUAAAUGCAAAGGACAGUAUAUAAAAAGUCCCCUUCCCCAGUAUUUGUCUACCCCUUUGGAUUGAUUGCAGCAUUCUGUAAAAGAAAGCACCUACUGUAAAAACUCAUUGCUCAUAUGUGAAGGAACCCUGGCGCAUCUUCUUUUUUCCUUUUUGAAUUAAAAGGAAACACACCACAACUAAACGAAUGAAGCAAAACAACACGAUCUUCUGAAAAUGCGUUUUUAUUCUCCGUUUUGCCAAAUUCCUACCUUGGAAGACUUUGUGUGAUUUGCUGCCGCUACCCGUGAGCUGCAGAAAGUGCCACUUGCAGCAGCAACAGUACACACCUUCUGGAAAGAAGUCAUUAGUAAAA